CCGCGUCCCUAGCAAUGGAAUGUUUGGAGGGGAGGUGAACGGUGGUGUAUAUAGUAAAUAUUCAACAAAAACAAUCAACACACUGGUGUGUGGUGUAUAAAGUGGUGAAGACUUUGUCGCAGAUUAUUUUUCACGCCAAAGUUGUUAGAAACACGUUCGCAACCUUAUUUUUGUUUAGCAAUUUUUAGACGAACCAAGGAGGUAUAAAAAUAAGGACGAACCAUGACAGAAGAAAAAGACAAACCAACGGCGAUAAUUGCAGCGAGGGAAAGAGGCCCCGGACCAGGAAGGUAUAAAUUACCAAGCAGUUGUGGAUACCUGCAUCAUGACUUCUCAAAACACAUGAAACCAUCAUAUUCUUUUGGUAAACGACUAGAAAAUUCAAUGUUUAAAAAAGACAACAGUCCAGGCCCAGCAUACUUCAUAAAUCCAACAGUUACUCGACAUGGACAGGAUGGUACACCUGCUUACUCAAUAUUAGGUAGACAACGUGACCCAAAUUCGUUUGUAACGCCAUCACCUUACGCAUACAGCCCAGAAAAGUGUCAUCCGCAGGGAGAGAGGCAUGCCCCAGUCCACUCAAUGGGUGCUCGUACUCGAUACCGAAAACGUGACCAAUGUCCUGCUGCUAACAAUUACUCUUUGCCAUCGUUGCACGGAAGCAAGGUUCCAAACAAAAAAUCCAGCUCGAGCUAUUCAAUGACAGCACGCUCUAAGGUUGGCGGGUACCUCGAAGAUCUUGCGAAAACGCCCGGACCCGGACGCUACCACGCAAUAAACCCGAACAUUGUACAUGUCAAAAAGCCUAGCUAUUCAAUGCUGGGCCGACACGAUGGUGUUGGAGACAGCACGCAGAAGCCGGGACCAGGGGCACACAGCCCGGAGAAGGUGUACGUCAACAAAAGGAAAUAUCCAAGCCAUUCGCUCGGCAUCAGGCAUUCAGAGUUUGUCUGUCCACUGAUCAUCGAUGUCACAGAUUAAGCCAGCUGAAUCUAAAUUUAAUUCUUAAUCCAUUAUGUAAAUGGGAACAUCAUAUUUUAUAUAAUUACUUUACAGAUAGGAUUGUAGGCUUAUAUACAUAUAUAUACAUAUAUUACUAAUUUAACCAAUUCUAAGAAAUGAAGUAGAACAUGAUUACAAUUGGAUGGAAUUAUUGAAUUGGAACAGUGUCUUUCCAUUAAUUAUUAUUGCAUUUGCAAACAAUUAACAGUAUUGAAAGAUGGAUUUCACAAUGUGACUGAGGUCAAUUUAAGAUAACAUGUAACAAAUUAGUAAGUGGAGAGGUGACAUUAUAUGAAUAAAGUGUAUGUAGUGAGAGAAUGUGUGAUAAUUGAAGGUGUGGUGUAUGUAUGUGUUUUAACAAAUAGGAGAUUCAGAAGGAAAAUGUGGUGUCAACCCAGAGAGAGUGUGUGUGAAAGGUCGGUGGUGGCUUACAGGGUCCCUCUUGUUUUAACUACAAUACAUAAAUUGUGGUUUUCCUUGUACUGUAAGAUGGAAUCUGUAACUACGUUUUCGGAAUUGUGUAUCUGCCUACUAAACAUAUUACACAUUAUGUAUUACAUAAUAAUCUUUUUGAGGGGCCGCGCUAAUAUGCUGAGUGAUGUGCGACAAUAUUAAUUUGUUUAAUAUGUAAAUAUAAUCAAUUAGGCUUCCUCAAAAUACUAUGUAUAAUUAAAAAUGUUUAAUAUAUAAAUGAAAAAAAAACAGUAUUAUAAUUAUGCAAUAAUUAACCACCAAAGCUUUCUUGAAUUUGAACAUAGGGCAGAUAUUACAGCAGUUGAUUUAUAGAAAUACAAUUAGUGUAAAAUAAUUGUGCAAUUAUUAGGUAGUUUUUGCCGCACGACGUUAACCUUAACUUUAAUGUUAGUACCCAACGUGCAGCGCGAUAGCUCCUCCCCUUUUGAAAACAGAUCGAAAUACGCAUGCGUAAACCCGUAACUAACGUACGUCGAGCACGGAAAAUCUUGAUAUUUAACGUACUCCGCAACGCAAGAUGAAUAAAUUAAGGUUAACGUCGUGCGGCGAAAACUACCUCGUUGCCUCUUUUCUUGUAAUCCCCACCUUGUGAAUAUUGUUGCUAGAUCCCACAAAACGAAACUGUUUAAAAAAACAUACGCAAACUUGUGUGUUUGUGGGAUAAACACAACGUGUGCUUGUUAAACACGCGCAUAUUCAAGCCCCUGUUCUGAUGUUCUGAUUGGUCAACUAUUCAACAGUUUGAUUGACACUCCGGAGGGGUCCAUUAAAAUUCUGUGUUUAUAUUUUGCUUAGUAGCAUAUUACUAAUUAGGGAAGCAAAUUUGUAUUAAUGAACGUAAAAUCUUUACACUCUCUGCAUUUUCAUUGUAAAUAAAAAAAAAAGUAAAAAUAAUCUUUUAUUUGAAAGAUAUCGCUGAUAUACAACCUGAUUUACAUACAGGGAAACAGAUGAUUUUUGUGAUGAUAUUCCUGAUAGUUUUCUCAGAUUAUGCGCAUGUCUAACGCAGCAGCGUCCAAUUCAAUUCAGGGUAAUGUAAUGCUCAGAAAUUGUGUAUGGUGUAUUUUCCUUUGGAUACAAUGUGCUUAAUCUGGAAUGAUAGACAGAUUCAAAGGGAGGGGAGGGAUUAGGGCAACCGGGAAAGUAGGAUGUGACAGUAGUUUCUGCUAAUUCCUAAUGAAAAAAAUGUGUUUUGCAGAUGCGCUACUCAAAAUAACAUUAUUAAGGUGCAAAAAUAAUUAAAUAGUGUAUUUAUACUCUUUCACAACAA